CAGAAGCUCAAGCUGUUUGUAAUAGCAAUAGGAGCAAGAUCAAGUCCUUUUUCACAAUGCGCUUAGCCAAAGCUUGGUAUUAUCGUAUAUUGGAGGAGCUCAAGGCCAAAUUCCUCAAGCAAUCAAACGAUAAAAGCGAGUACUCCAGACAGACUGCCAUUGAGACAUUUGACUCUCUGCUUCAGACUGAGGAUGGUAACAAACCAGAGCAUGGGAAUGUGGUUAAUGUUAUUCAGAAGUUUGAGAAUAUGACCCCCGGAAAAAGCAAGACAUUCACACAGACAUUUACUGAUCUCCUCUAUAGGGACAUCACACGUGGAAUCGCGCCCAAUUUGAUCCCAGAACCAAUGAGAGGGAAGUCAUGCAGUAAUGGGAUUGUUCCUGAUUCACAUACUGACAUGUACGCUGAAAUUCGAAACAAAGUGCGGAAUUUCAUGGGACUGAUGGGGUGGUGGCUGAAAACUCAGAUUGGCUGCCACGGUGAUAGGGUGGCUGACAAAAUAUUAAAAGAAGAGUCACUGGCAGCAGCGCAGCUACCGAAGGUCAACAUCACAGAGAAGCCUGUGGCAACUGCUCCAGCUCCUAGCUCAGUAUGUGAGGAGACACGUUCCGUACCUGCAGCAUUCAUCCAGAUGUUCACAGAGAAGCUGGUUUCUCGGAUAUACAGGAAAACAAAAGUGAACUGGUCUAUUGGAAACCCAGAGGACAACGUUUACCAUCUGUUCAAUAGAACAUGGGCCAACGUCAAGGGUGUAGAUUUUGAUACUACCCAAAAAACGGUUAAAAACCUUGACAAGACCAUUUUCAAGGACUUGUGUAAGAAAUGCGGAAGUGCAGACAAGGUGCUGAUCUCCAUGCGUCUAAAGGAUCCGGCACUGGAAAGAUGUAUUGUCUACCAUGUCAAAGAUUAUCUGAUGAGACCACCAAAAAAGCGUAGCACCAUCUGCAGGUUCUUCCUAUCUGUAGGAAAAGCCAUCUCCACUAUCUGCAGACGUAGAGAUACGCCGAGAGAGAUGCCAGUGUAAUGGUAUUUCUUCUUCGAAGUUAGGGUUUUCUCCGGGUGCUCCGAGUGUUUCUCCCACAUUCAUGAAAAUGAAGA